AUGCCUUCAACAGGAACCUCAACGCGGGUCGGUCCCGCUUCUGCCGAUGUGGUCAUCGUUGGUGGAGGCGCCAGUGGCGUCGCCGUUACCAUUCAUCUUGUACGGCGACUGUCUGCCACGAAGACGCCCUCGAUACAGAGAAUCGUCUUGGUCGAGCCUCAAGCCACAGUCGGCCCCGGCCUGGCGUACUCCGGCGCGUGUGCCGGUACCAUCAUCAACAUGCAUCGCGAUGCCAUGGGCCUCUGGAACGGUGACCCUCGGCAUUUCUCACGCUGGGUCAAUGAGCGCGAGCUCGAGAUAGACGACUACCCAUCUCGUGGGGUCUAUGGUACCUACCUCGAGUACCUGUGGUACCAAGCCGUUGAGGAGGCCCGCCAGCUAGGGGUCGAGGUGUGUCUUGUCGCGGACGAAGUCCAAGACAUUGACCGUCGCGACGACGGCACGUUCAGCUUAGCCCUAGCUAGUGGCAAACCUUCUUUGUCAGCUCAAGACGUGGUGUUGGCCGUUGGCAAUUUCUCCGCCGUUGCGCAUCCCCAUUUCAGUCGUUAUCCUGGAUUCUUCCCAUUUCCGUGGCCCACGACCGGGCUCAAAGCAAUCCCCACCGAUGCGCCCGUGCUUGUCCUAGGCUCUCGGUUGUCAGCCAUCGACGUAGUCAAUGUCCUCUACCACAAUGGACACCGAGGUGAAAUUACGUUCGUAUCCCGCAGCGGCCGACUUCCUAAAGUUCAGAGUCGAACCGUGCCAUUUCCGCAUCGCCACACCUUGUAUACCCUGGCUAAAGAAGUCGAAUCCUGCCCAGAUCGAGGAUUGGCUCAUCUUGCGGGAGGCGUUCUCCACGCUAUCGCGCGGCAAACGGGAGAUGAGUCGACAUGGAUGAUGAACGGACACCAUUCGCCCCUGGAGGAACUUCGCGCAGAUCUCGAAGAUGCGGAGGAGGGUCGCGGCCAGUGGCAGAGCAUUCUCCGCGCGACAGCACCGCUGGUAGAGCGGUAUUGGCAUGGGCUCGGCGAUCCCGAGCGCGACCUCUUUAUGAAACGACUCAAUAGCGGCUGGAUGCGGUACCGCCAUGGCAUGCCUGUCUCCAGUGCAAAGCGACUGCUCACAAUGAUGGAGCGAGAACAGUUGCACGUCCGCAAAGGCACUCGAGUGGCCUGGAAUGGGAGCUGCUUUGAGGCCCAGACGGACGGGGGACCGGUGCAGGCACCCUAUCUGAUAGAAGCCAUUGGGCAGGAAAGCGACGUCUCCUCUAUUCCAUCCGGCGCGGUGCAGUCAGUGAUUCGCAAGAAUCUUGCAGUUGCCCAUCCCUAUGGCGGCUUGGUGGUCGAUUUCAACAACCUCAACGCUUCUCCGGGUCUGUAUGCCAUCGGCUCCCUCACUCGAGGCACGCACUUCUAUGUCAGCUCGGUCGAUCGAAUUGCAGAGCACGCAGCACGCAUUGCCGAUGCACUGACGGGGCAGCCCACCGUCCGCUCCCAGCACAUUGCUCUCUUCCUCAGUGGUGACCUCUUUUCGCACUUGCUGGCCAGUCGACUCGUACCGCAGCUGCUGGCCGCAGGCCACAUCCCAUUCCUCUUCAUUCUUCCAGCUCCAACUGCAAUCUCGGAACAGGGACGAUUGCUGGAGCAUGCCCUCAUGCAAAAGCAUGUAGUACCAUUCCUGGCUGGCUUGGAACCGUCCCAGCAAAAUGAAGCCCAGGCUCAGACCUUGGACGCGCUGGCAGCCACACACGGUCUUUUCCUGCAGACCAUCGAUGAUUGCAACGUGAAAUCAGUUGGGCACACCAUGCAGAAGCACGCGAUAGACCAUGGAAUUGUUCUGCAAUGCUCCACCUCCCCACAGCCCAUAUCAGACGCGAUCUCCCGCCACUUCGUCUCUACGCGUAAAAUGGUUCAUCUCUGCCUGAAUCCACGCUCGGCCGGUCAGCCGUUCUCAGUCCGCUUGCACAAAUGUGGCGGAGAGGGACGCAGCGAUAGCUCACCACUGCACAGGCCGGAGGGCUGGCGGGAGGAGUAUACCUCGGCCAUGCUACGUCAUAAACGCAGAGUGUUCAGCCAAGGGGCUGAUCUGGCAAUGGCCGUUCUGGACCGACUGGCUCGAGCACAGGAACUCGAGCGGCUGCUGUUUCGUGACCCCGGAGGUUCUUUGCGUGCUCAUUGA